UUAUAAUUCUCACUCAUUGUAUUUGUUGCUUAAAGCUUGCCCUCUUCCCUUAUCCUUUCUCUUUCUCUGCUGAGAGAAAAGCAAAGAAAACAACUCAGCUGCCAGCUUCACCAUCUGAAGGGAAUUCGAAGCUACAAAAAAUAUUGCAAGAAAAAGUGAUAGAAAGAGAAAAGAGAGACCCACUAGGCCACCAAGUCACUGAAUUGAGGGUCACCUACAAAUUAUGUACUAGUAGGAAAAAAAAAGGGAGGGAGUGGGUUGGAAAGAGGAAAAAAGACGUAUAAUCCCACGCAUGAUCAUGGAUGGUGAAACUGAAAAUGGGAUCCGCAGGCCAAACUUCCCUUUACAGCUUUUAGAGAAGAAGGAACAAGAACAAGAACAACCUUGUUCCAACACCAGCAACGCGGAGACAAGCUCCAAAACAAGCUUGGAACCUCCCAAGAAACCCCCUGCUAAGAGGUCUUCUUCCAAGGACAGACACACCAAGGUGGAUGGCCGAGGCCGCCGCAUCCGCAUGCCUGCCACAUGUGCUGCUAGGGUUUUCCAGUUAACAAGAGAGCUUGGUCACAAAUCAGAUGGUGAAACCAUUGAAUGGCUGCUUCAACAGGCUGAGCCUGCAGUUAUUGCUGCCACGGGGACAGGUACUAUUCCUGCAAAUUUUACGUCCCUUAAUAUUUCACUCAGGAGUUCAGGUUCCAGCAUAUCGGCUUCCCACUUGAGGAAUACUUAUUUCAAUCCGAACUUUUCUACGCAACAAUUGAGGAUAAGAAGUGAUUGGGAAAGGACUGUGCUUGACGACUCAUCUCAGCAACAACGGAGGAUUUUAUUUCCUGGGGUUGCUUUACCGUCAGAGGAUUCAUUAAACUUUCCAAGUAGUAGUAGUGUGAACGCUUUCUUGCAAGCUAAGCAAGAGUAUCGGGACGCUAGUUUGGAUGUCACGCAGGUGGCGGCUGAUACUAGCAUAGGGAAGAAGAGAAGGCCUGAGCAACAAGAAUUGUCACAAAAUCAAGUGGGGAGUUCCUUGAUACAAUCAAGUACAGGUUCAAUUCCGGCGAGCCAUAAUCCGAUUCCGACAACAUUUUGGAUGGUGACAAAUCCUAGCAACCAGGUGGUCAGCGGGAGUGGCACUGGGGAUCCUUUGUGGACAUUUCCUUCAGCUAGUAAUACUAAUCUUUAUAGAGGUAAUAUGUCUAGUGGGGUGCAUUUUAUGAAUUUUGCAACUCCAAUGGCUCUCCUGCCUGGACAACAAUUGGGUUCAGGAAUUGGUGCCGGUGGUUUAGUUACCGACAGCCAUUUAGGCGUCCUCACCGCACUAAAUUCAUAUAGGCCGAUUCCAGGCACCAGUGUCUCGGAGUCUUCAGCCAGUGGAUCACAUCAACACCAUGGUGGAGAAGAUAGGCAUGAUUCAACUAGAUAGAGUCUCGCCAUGCCUUUAGCUCAAAAUUACAAGUGUAUGGCUUGAUCAUGCUUUAUUCUUUUUUCUCUUAUUUUUAUAGUACAUAUAUUGUUCAAUUUGCAAAACGGCUGAAAGUUUGAAUGCU